UUCAAUCUUAUUUAUCUUUUUCAGUCUCUUCCGUAUAUACAGAAAUAUGAAUGGGAAUGAAAUAGAAGGAAGAAAAACAAUCACAUAGGUCGCCCUUUCUUUAGGGGAAACAAGUCAAUUUGGAAAGCUCUCAGUGUUGUGCAAGUGUUUUCAGUGGCUGAAGCUGAGGAGCUCAGGUUACGCUGUGUCUCCUGUGUUGGGGGUGGGGACAGCAAGUGACACAGCAUACUUACGUAACCGUGACUUCACAGGACAGGAUUAAGCUGUGAAUGAACCUCCCAAACCCAGGAAUAUGAUAUGAGAACAUAGCCUUUGAAUUUCUCUCUUAAGUUUGACUUGAAAAUCAGCUUCAGAAACAUCUUUAUCUUAAGGUAGACUUCCAUUGCUCUCAGAACGUCUCUACCCUGUCCUUCUGUUAUUAACUUCGUGGACGUACAGCAUUUUAGAAUUAGGUAGGGGUUCUGAAGUCUGUGAGUGCAGCUGUGCACAGAUUAAAUCCAGAGACUGACUUUACUAUAGCACCUACAGUUGUAUCAAUGAUUGGGGAAAGAUAGUGGCAACAGGCAAAGGAGAAGCAGCUCUGACAUUUAAAGAAAAUGAGUAUGCUAAAGCCAAGUGGGCUUAAGGCCCCCACCAAGAUCCUGAAGCCUGGAAGCACAGCUCUGAAGACACCUACGGCUGCUGUAGCUCCAGUAGAAAAAACAAUAUCCAGUGAAAAAGCAUCAAGCACACCAUCAUCUGAGACUCAAGAGGAAUUUGUGGAUGACUUUCGAGUUGGGGAGCGAGUUUGGGUGAAUGGAAAUAAGCCUGGAUUUAUCCAGUUUCUUGGAGAAACCCAGUUUGCACCAGGCCAGUGGGCUGGAAUUGUUUUAGAUGAACCCAUAGGCAAGAAUGAUGGUUCGGUGGCCGGAGUUCGGUAUUUCCAGUGUGAACCUUUAAAGGGCAUAUUUACCCGACCUUCAAAGUUAACAAGGAAGGUGCAAGCAGAAGAUGAAGCUAAUGGCUUGCAGACGACUUCCACUUCCCGAGCUACUUCACCUCUGUCCACUUCUGCAGCCAGCAUGGUGUCUUCCUUCCCGGCCACCCCCUCAAACAUCCCUCAAAAACCAUCACAGCCAGUAGCAAAGGAACCUUCAGCUAUGCCUCCGAUUAGCAACCUUACAAAAACUGCCAGCGAAUCUAUCUCCAACCUUUCAGAGGCUGGCUCAGUUAAGAAAGGAGAAAGAGAGCUCAAAAUUGGAGACAGAGUGUUGGUUGGUGGCACUAAGGCUGGUGUAGUCCGGUUUCUUGGGGAGACCGACUUUGCCAAGGGGGAAUGGUGUGGUGUGGAGUUAGACGAGCCUCUUGGGAAGAACGAUGGUGCUGUUGCUGGAACAAGGUAUUUUCAGUGUCAACCCAAAUAUGGCUUGUUUGCUCCUGUCCACAAAGUUACCAAGAUUGGCUUCCCUUCCACUACACCAGCCAAAGCCAAGGCCAACGCAGUGAGGCGAGUGAUGGCGACCACACCCGCCAGCCUGAAGCGCAGCCCUUCUGCCUCCUCCCUCAGCUCCAUGAGCUCAGUGGCCUCCUCUGUGAGCAGCAGGCCCAGUCGGACAGGACUAUUGACUGAAACCUCCUCCCGUUACGCCAGGAAGAUCUCCGGUACCACUGCCCUCCAGGAGGCCCUGAAGGAGAAGCAGCAGCACAUUGAGCAGCUGCUGGCGGAACGGGAUCUGGAGAGGGCGGAGGUGGCCAAGGCCACAAGCCACGUUGGGGAGAUAGAGCAGGAACUAGCUCUGGCCCGGGAUGGACAUGACCAGCAUGUCCUGGAAUUGGAAGCCAAAAUGGACCAGCUGAGAACAAUGGUGGAAGCUGCUGACAGGGAGAAGGUGGAGCUUCUCAACCAGCUGGAAGAGGAGAAAAGGAAGGUUGAGGACCUUCAGUUCCGGGUUGAAGAAGAAUCAAUUACCAAAGGUGAUCUUGAGCAAAAGAGCCAGAUUUCUGAAGAUCCUGAGAAUACGCAGACCAAACUGGAGCAUGCCCGCAUUAAGGAGCUUGAACAGAGCCUGCUCUUUGAAAAGACCAAAGCUGACAAACUCCAGAGGGAGUUAGAAGACACUAGGGUGGCUACAGUUUCAGAAAAGUCACGUAUAAUGGAACUGGAGAAAGACCUAGCAUUGAGAGUACAGGAAGUAGCUGAGCUCCGAAGAAGGCUAGAGUCCAAUAAGCCUGCUGGGGAUGUGGAUAUGUCACUUUCCCUUUUACAAGAGAUAAGCUCUUUGCAAGAAAAGUUAGAAGUCUCUCGUACUGACCACCAGAGAGAAAUAACUUCACUGAAGGAGCAUUUUGGAGCCCGGGAAGAAACUCAUCAGAAGGAGAUAAAGGCUCUGUAUACUGCCACGGAAAAGCUUUCCAAAGAGAACGAGUCAUUGAAAAGCAAGCUCGAGCAUGCCAACAAAGAGAACUCGGAUGUGAUAGCCCUGUGGAAGUCCAAACUGGAGACUGCCAUCGCGUCCCACCAGCAGGCGAUGGAAGAACUGAAGAUAUCCUUCAGCAAAGGGCUUGGAACAGAGACAGCAGAAUUUGCUGAGCUAAAAACACAAAUAGAGAAAAUGAGACUAGAUUACCAACACGAAAUAGAAAAUUUGCAGAAUCAACAAGAAUCUGAACGGUCUGCUCAUGCUAAAGAGAUGGAAGCCCUGAGGGCUAAACUGAUGAAAGUCAUUAAAGAAAAGGAGAACAGCCUGGAAGCCAUCAAGUCGAAACUGGACAAAGCAGAAGACCAGCAUCUCGUAGAAAUGGAAGAGACGUUAAACAAAUUACAGGAAGCUGAAAUAAAGGUAAAGGAGCUAGAGGUACUGCAAGCCAAAUGCAAUGAACAAACCAAGGUUAUUGAUAAUUUUACAUCACAGCUCAAGGCUACCGAAGAAAAGCUCUUGGAUCUUGAUGCGCUUCGGAAAGCCGGUUCCGAAGGUAAAUCGGAAAUUGAGAAACUUAGACAGCAGGUUGAGGCAGCUGAGAAACAGAUUAAACAUUUAGAGACUGAAAAGAAUGCUGAAAGUAGCAAGGCUAGUAGCAUUACCAAAGAGCUCCAGGGGAGAGAGCUAAAGCUUACUAACCUUCAGGAAAAUUUGAGUGAAGUCAGCCAAGUGAAAGAGACUUUGGAAAAAGAACUUCAGAUUUUGAAAGAAAAGUUUGCUGAAGCUUCGGAGGAGGCAGUCUCCGUUCAGAGAAGUAUGCAAGAAACUGUAAAUAAGUUACACCAAAAGGAGGAACAGUUUACCAAGCUGUCUUCUGACUUGGAGAAGCUGAGAGAAAACUUAGCAGAUAUGGAGGCAAAAUUUAGAGAGAAAGAUGAGCGAGAAGAGCAGCUGAUAAAGGCAAAGGAAAAACUGGAAAAUGACAUUGCAGAAAUAAUGAAGAUGUCAGGAGAUAACUCUUCUCAGCUGAUGAAAAUGAAUGAUGAAUUACGUCUGAAAGAAAGAUAUGUAGAAGAAUUACAGCUCAAACUUACAAAGGCUAAUGAAAAUGCAAGUUUUCUACAAAAGAGUAUUGAGGAUGUGACUCUCAAAGCUGAACAGAGCCAGCAAGAAGCAGCUAAAAAGCACGAGGAAGAAAAGAAAGAAUUAGAGAAGAAAUUGUUGGACCUGGAAAAGAAGAUGGAAACGAGCCACAACCAGUGUCAGGAUCUGAAAGCCAGGUAUGAGAAAGCCACUUCCGAGACUAAAACCAAGCAUGAAGAAAUUCUGCAGAACCUCCAGAAGACGCUGCUGGACACAGAGGACAAGCUGAAGGCCGCACAAGAGGAGAACAGUGGCUUGCUGCAGGAGCUGAAGGAGCUGAGAAAGCAAGCUGAUAAAGCCAAAGCUGCUCAAACAGCAGAAGAUGCAAUGCACAUAAUGGAACAGAUGACCAAAGAGAAGACCGAGACACUGGCCUCCUUGGAGGACACCAAGCAAACAAAUGCAAAACUACAGAAUGAAUUGGACACACUUAAAGAAAACAACCUGAAAAAUGUGGAAGAGCUGAACAAAUCAAAAGAACUCCUGACUGUAGAGAAUCAAAAAAUGGAAGAAUUCAGGAAAGAAAUAGAAACCCUAAAGCAGGCAGCAGCUCAGAAGUCCCAGCAGCUUUCAGCAUUGCAAGAAGAGAACGUUAAACUUGCUGAGGAGCUGGGGAGAAGCAGGGACGAAGUCACAAGUCAUCAAAAGCUGGAGGAAGAAAGAUCUGUGCUCAAUAAUCAGUUGUUAGAAAUGAAAAAAAGAGAAUCCAAGUUCAUAAAAGACGCAGAUGAAGAAAAAGCUUCCUUGCAGAAAUCCAUCAGUAUAACUAGUGCCUUACUCACAGAAAAGGAUGCCGAGCUGGAGAAACUGAGAAAUGAGGUCACAGUGCUCAGGGGAGAAAACGCCUCUGCCAAGUCCUUGCAUUCAGUCGUUCAGACUCUAGAGUCUGAUAAGGUGAAGCUUGAGCUCAAAGUAAAGAACUUGGAGCUUCAACUGAAAGAAAACAAAAGGCAGCUCAGCAGCUCGUCAGGUAAUACUGAUACUCAGGCAGACGAGGAUGAAAGAGCCCAGGAGAGUCAGCAAAUGAUUGAUUUCCUAAAUUCGGUAAUAGUGGACCUUCAAAGGAAAAAUCAAGACCUCAAGAUGAAGGUGGAGAUGAUGUCAGAAGCAGCCCUGAAUGGGAACGGGGAUGACUUGAACAACUAUGACAGUGAUGAUCAGGAGAAACAGUCCAAGAAGAAACCUCGCCUCUUCUGUGACAUUUGUGACUGCUUUGAUCUCCACGACACAGAGGACUGUCCUACCCAGGCACAGAUGUCAGAGGACCCUCCCCAUUCCACACACCAUGGCAGUCGGAGUGAGGAACGGCCAUACUGUGAAAUCUGUGAGAUGUUUGGACACUGGGCCACCAACUGCAAUGAUGAUGAGACCUUCUGAUGAAGCCUCAAGUGGAGAAGUGGGCUUUCUCAGAUGCACUCGCAUUGACACAACGUAACACCAGCAUUGUGUGUGCAGACUUCGGGAGAACUCAUGUUAUUUUUUACCCCAUCAACAAAUCUAGGAAAAUAUUUUGAUCUUCAACAAAUUGCCCUUUAGUCUCCCCUUAUGAGUUAGAAUAAUAAAUAUUUAGUAGGUGAAAUUUCACCUCAGAUUUUGUUUUCUUGGUAUUUAAGUUUGAAGACAUUGCACCAGAUGCCAUUACAUUUAUUGUCCCUAGACCUCAUAGGAAAAUCCCUACCCUUACGAUACCUUAUUUAAGUAACUUUAAAUUAUGCCGUUACUUUUCAUAUUUGCACUAAAAUAUUUCCAGGCUGCAUUUGUAUAUUUAGAUUUUUUUGGUUAAGCUUUGACACUGGAAUGAGUUGAAAAAAUGUGCCAAUUUGCAUUUUCAUCUACUCAUUUAAAGUAUUUUAUUCUUAUUCAAAGAAAUAUCUGAGCUCUUUGCACUACCUGUUAUCAGUAGUGCCUUUAUUUCAGGCCUGAUAAUACUUCGGUGUGAUUAUAAAAUCUUGAAGCAGGUAAAGAGAGGGAAAACCCCCAAACUGCUGUGGGGACAUUUUAUAAUCUAUAUGCUGCACCCACUUACUCUACUGUGGUGUUUGGUUCAUUAGUUUUGCAUAAUUUCGGCUUCUAUAUAUUAUAUGUAUAUAUUUUUUAAAAAUCUCUAUUUUGGGAAAAAACAUACACAAUGUGUCUUUCUUUUUGGAUAUUUACCUUUAUGAAAAAGGAAACACUUAAAAUGAUCAUUAGGACAUGACAGACUAGGCCAGAAAUAACAUCACGUGGCUUUGCAACUAUUUUCAUUUGUUUUCCUUUUAUUUCUUUACUAUAUUUAAAUAACUGGAGGAAUUUUCUCCAAUUUUUUUUUUCUUUCUCUAGCAGGUAUCCCCAGCAGUCAGUUAACAAUAGCCACUAUAAAACACCUAAAUUAACCAAUCUACAAUCUUCUUUUACAAGUUUUUUUUACUGCUUUUAGAUGAAUGUACGAUGAGAAAUUCAACAUUAAUAAUUUUGGAUUUUCUUAUCACAAAAAAGAAAAUGAAGGACCUCAAAGCACCAGAACAGUUUAUCAACCAGUUUGAAUCUAUUUAUCUUCAUUUGAAUGUCUUCUAGCAUAUGUAAAAAGUAAUAAAAUGUAUCUUCCAUGCUACAUGUACAAUAAGAACUUCUAUAAUUGUAUAUAUGCCUUUGAUGUAUUUUCCCCUCAAGAUUAUCAACUGUGUGUUUGACAGUGAAUAUUAAAUCUGUUAUGAGUUGAAAUUUUUGAUUAUAAAUGUAAUACAAAUUCUUUCACAAACAGAAAACAUGUAAAGCAGUAUUAAAAUCUGGCCAAACAAGUGUUCUGUAUCUACUUUAAUAAAUGCUUAUUCUUUUUUGU